UUCUAUUGAAUUCUAAAGGUAAAGGCAUUUCUUAUGUUCUAUAGAAAGUUGAGGUAUGUGUUUCAAGAGUUUGGAAAGUUGUGUAUAAAUGUGUCUCCAUGUGGUACAUGUAGCUUCUGAAAGAGAGACCAUCAGUCUGUACUUUCAUCUGUUUUUGCACCUGUGACUCAAGACAGUUCAGAAGGUAUGAGCCUUGGGGAUAUGUGGAUAUAUCGUAUAUGGAUAUACAUAUUAUGACAACAGUACUUGUUUUUCACUUUAGACUUCAUUGGAGGGUUUUCAGCAUGUUUUCGAAUGUUUUAAUCUAAGCAGUAGCUCCCGGGAUGGCUGAUUGCCUGUUCCAGGUUUGUCUAAGGCCAUCAUUUCAAACAUUUUAGCUGAUGUCAGAGCUCUGCAGUAUCCCCAUUCUCAAAGCCUCCUCUGUUUUAUUAAAUCUUCCUCCUGCAUGUUUUAAAGAUACUAAAAAUGCUUUUCUCUUCUUCCCCUUCACUUUAAGGUCCCUAGGGACCUUAUUUUCUUCAACUCCUCCCAUCUGGGGGGAGAAAAACACUUCUUAUAUCAGUUCCUUAGACAUGUUGCAGGACCCUUUUGUAUACUUUACUGAAAUAUCAUUUAAAAAAUGACACUUCCCAAGGACCAGUUUUUCUAAUUUUGUUUUACAUCUACAUCAUAUGGAAUUUCAAAUUGAUUGGAUGACUAUUUUUUUAAAGAUUUUAUUUAUUUACUUGACAGAGAUCACAAGUAGUCAGAGAGGCAGGCAGAGAGAGGAGGAAGCAGGCUCCCUGCUGAGCAGAGAGCCCGCCCGCCCGAUGUGGAGGGCUGAAUCCAGGACACUGGGAUCAUGACCUGAGCUAAAGGCAGAGGCUUAACCCACUGAGCCACCCAGGCACCCAGGAUGACUGUUUUUUUGUUUGUUUGGUUUUUGUUUUUAAUAAAAAUUUGAAAACUCAUCUAACACAAACUUAAAACAUACAUACUUUUAAAAUUUCUGUGUUCUGAAUAUUUAGAGCAAACACAACCCAAGAAGCCAAGGGGGUCUGUGUGUGUGUGUGUGUGUGUGUGUGUGUGUGUGUGUGUGUGUGUGUUUAAUGGAAUGCUUAAACAAAAGCAGCCUCAGUUUUCUUUAAAACCUCAAGGCAAACACUUGGUUAUGGGACAGACAUUGCUGAUUGGCUUGGCUGCCCUUUUUUGACUGGAUACUAACUGGCAAAGUGAAAAUUGUGUAUCACACUCUGAUGGGCUUGAUCUGGCUCCUUGCCUAGGGAUAGGAAAGUCAGACUCUCCAGGAAUAUCAGUAUUUCUCAUAUCCUUCUAUCUAUAUUUACAUGGCCUUUUCUGUUCCUACACAAACAGUUGUGGUUAGUGAGGCAAAUUCCUGUCAAUAGCAAAGAUUUGAUAUCUUAUCCUAAUAACUUAGGUAUGACUUCCUGACACUGUUCAAAAUAGGAAAAGAAAAAUCCUUUUAUCUGUUUUGCCAACAGAAUAUUAAUAUUUAAUGUCAUUAAGGAGCAAGGGUGAGAUUUCUAAAAUUAGAUAACUUUAGGGCUUUUCAGCCUUGUCUUUGUUCCAUAGAUCCUCUUCUAAAUAAUAUUAAAACACAAAAUUUGAGGUAGCUGGUCUUCAUAAGAAAAUGUUAUAAACCAUGCUUAUGUGACAUGCAGCUGGGUUUACAUGGUCAUUACUCAAGAGUCUCCAGCCUCAGAAGAAGUAAGGCUAAAGUCACUUCCCUCCACCCUCCUUUGUUUUAUGUAGAUAAAACAGUUUACAUUUUAGGGAGAGCUUAUCCCAGAUGACCUAGUUGAUAGUUUUUCUUUCUAUUUAUUAUCAGAUUUUUUUCCUCCAAUUUUUAUAUUGAAAAUUAUUUCUGAUCCCAUGUCAUUCUAGAAUCCCCAAUAUUUACUAUGGUUGUUAUAGUAACAGCGGAACCCAAGUUUUUUUCAGAGCAUUAUUCAGCUUUUCAUAUGUAGGCAGAAACAAUUUCAGAGGGAAGGUAAACCCAAAGCCCCAGUUAUGGGAAUGAGUCUCCAAUUUCCUAAAUAAUUUGUGGUUAUAAUGAUGGGUACCAUCUUGCCUGGCACCUGGUCCACAUCUUUCCUGAUGUCUGCUAUUAGAAGGGCAGGCUGAGGAGCCCCAACAGGAGCCAGAGAAGAGUCUGGAUGACCUGAAGGGUAGUUGCAAGCAUUGUGUUGCCUUAGUCCCUCUUCAGCAUGGCUCGGAUGAAAUGCUCCUGGGAAAGAGCAGAUGUGUCUAGAGAAAAUUGUGUAGUUGGAAAGAAAGGGUUGUUACUCUUGGGUUGUACAGAGAACUGUGUUAACAGUAGAGCUUUGUGCCGUUGCCACGGUGUGAAAGAGGGGACCUAUAUUACUCUGAGACUCAUGGCCUGCCCUGCAUAUGUCUAGCCAGCCGAAGUGAAUGGGGCCAGGCGUAGCUGCCUUCAUCUAUGCAGUCACAAAGGUAAAGAUGAUACUGGCGAGGAUAUUCCCUCCCGGGAGGCCUUGGCCUCACGCCCCAGCAACCUUGGCAAGACUUGCUAAAUAACACCUUUGUCUGAGACAGGGUUAUGCAUCUUCUCCUCUUCUACACCCUCAUGACAAGUCAAGGUGGUUUAAGAUCAAGAAGCAAGGACAUGGCUGUGGACCAUCCCUCUGCACAGCUCUAAAGUAGGGCCAUGCAUACUGCCUUCCUGUCAGAGCCCUAGAGAAUAAGAGACGCUUGCUGCCUGUGAGAGAGGGUAUGGCCAGGAUUCCUGGAAUUGGAAGAUCUUCGGCUUCACCAUCUUUGGAGAGCAAGGAAGAACAUGAAAGAGAUGUGGCCCUUCUUAGUCGCAAGGAUUCUGACAGAGGACACACAGAGGAGCAGCUGGCACACCCGGAGCCCUCCAACCUUGACCCAAGCAUGCAGGCCCCACCCUGCAGCCUCCCCGCUGGGCUCAGCCUGGACGACUUCAUCCCCAGCAAUCUCCGGGCCCACAGAGGGUCAUCCUCCCGGGGGGCACGGGUGCCUGUGAUCCGGAAUGGUGGUUCCAACACCCUUAAUUUCCAGUUUCAUGACCCUGCGCCCAGGACCGUGUGCAAUGGGCACUUCCCCCAGAGGAGAGAUACUUCCCGGCACCCAGACCCUGCUUGGUAUCAGACCUGGCCCAGCCCUGGGAGCCGGCCCUCGGGGAGCCAGAAGACCCCUGCCUCCCAGCAUGCCCAGAACUGGUCAGCCACAUGGACCAAGGACAGCAAACGUCAGGACAAGCGCUGGGUCAAGUAUGAGGGAAUCGGGCCGGUGGACGAGAGCGGCAUGCCUAUCGCCCCCCGAUCUAGUGUUGAUAGCCCCCGGGACUGGUACCGGAGAAUGUUCCAGCAGAUUCACCGGAAAAUGCCAGACCUGCAGCUGGACUGGACCUUUGAGGAAUCACCCAAAGUGGCUUCCUCCUGUGCCGCCUCUACAGACUCAAGGCAUCCAGGGCCCCAGCAAAGACCAGCUGCCAGGCCAGGCCAGGCCUCUUCUCUGAGUGGAAGAAGCUGGGACCCCUCCGAAGAGUUUCCUAGAAGCACUUUCAACUCUAAUCUUGGAGCACCCUCCCUACACCAGACCCCAAAUCAGGUGCUCAGAUGCCAAGAAAGAGCAGACAAUGUCUGGACGGAAGAUUCUUGGAACCAGUUUCUGCAAGAACUAGAGACUGGACAGAAGCCCAAGAAACCACUAGUGGAUGACCCUGUUGAGAAGCCCUCCCAGCGCAUUGAGGUCUUGCUGGAGAGAGAAUUGGCCAAGCUGAGCGCGGAGCUGGACAAGGACCUGCGGGCAAUUGAGACCCGGCAACCGUCCCCCAAGAGCUCCCAAGUGCCCCGACGGUCCCGGGAGCCGCGGCCCUCCGCGCGCCCGGCCCCCGCCUGGAGCUCCAGUUCCCCGAAUGCACUUUACCGGGGUUCCUCUCGGCCCCUGAGCGCCCACAGGAUGGCGGAUGGAGCAAGCCCCUUCCUAGGUCGUAGGGACUUUGUCUACCCUUCCUCCGCCCGAGACCCUAGUGCCUCUGAAAGAGGGGGCAGCCCAGCCAGGAAGGAAGAGAAGAAGAGGAAGGCUGCCAGACUCAAGUUUGACUUCCAGGCACAAUCCCCUAAGGAGCUGACCCUGAAGAAGGGUGAUAUUGUCUACAUCCACAAGGAGGUGGACAAGAACUGGCUGGAGGGGGAGCACCAUGGCCGGCUGGGCAUCUUCCCUGCUAAUUACGUGGAGGUGCUACCUGCAGAUGAGAUCCCAAAGCCCAUCAAGCCCCCAAGCUACCAGGUGCUGGAGUAUGGAGAAGCUGUGGCCCAGUACAAUUUCAAGGGGGAUCUGGAGGUGGAGCUGUCCUUCCGCAAGGGGGAGCGCAUCUGCCUGAUCCGCAAGGUGAAUGAGAACUGGUAUGAGGGCCGCAUCUCUGGCACCGGGCGCCAGGGCAUCUUCCCCGCCAGCUACGUGCAGGUGCACCGCGAGCCCCGGCUCCGCGUCUGUGACGACGGCCCCCAGCUCCCUGCGUCUCCCUGCCUGACUGCUGCCCAUCUGGCUCGUCACUCUGGCUCCCCAGUAACGCCGCACAGCCCUGUGGAUCCCACCGACUGGGGGAGCCGGACUUCCCCCCGCCGCACCGGCCUCUCCUUCCCCAGCCAGGAGCCCAGAGCCCAGAACCAGGGUCUCAGCACCCCCGGGUCAGCUCUAUCUCAUCCUGGAGGCUCCAGCCGUCCCAUGGACGUGGGGGGGAUGGCCCCCAACAGCACUCAGAUACACUGGACCCCGUACCGGGCGGUGUACCAGUACAGGCCUCAGAACGAGGAUGAGCUGGAGCUGCGGGAGGGGGACCGGGUGGAUGUCAUGCAGCAGUGUGACGACGGCUGGUUUGUGGGUGUCUCCCGACGGACCCAGAAAUUUGGGACAUUCCCAGGAAAUUACGUAGCUCCAGUGUGAGUGGUCUCCGUGGCAACUCAGAGCUCAGCCAGGAUGGGGUGGGGAACUGUAGCACUUAUUGGAGGGAGAGAGGAUCCCCCCUCCAUCCUCCUUCCCCAAGACCUGAGCUGCUGGCAUCUGCAGACUACCCCAGCAGCCGUUCUUCAGAGGCCCCCUCAAAGCCCCCUGGACUGCUUCCUACCCACAGCUCACAAACAUUCCUCCAGCAGCCUUUUUAUUUCCUCCCCUACCCCACUUCCCAAAUAUAGAGGUCUGCUUUGAAGUGAAGACUGUUUCCAGGCCUUAUUGAGACCAGACCCUGGACCCCCUCCCCCUUCCCCGUCCUGCUAUGGCGUUUCCUCUAACAGGGGCUGGCUCCCAACUUCACCCCCAUGGGGUUCCUCUACCAAGGACCAGCUUCCUAACCUAACAGAGACCAAAGGCCACCUCUGCCUGGAGGGGAUUCGUCCCCUUUCACUCCAGCUUGCCUGCUGCCCCCUUUGCCUUCCUGCUUCCAGCUGGGUUUGGGAGUGAGGUGGGAGAGGGACACAGCCCCUCCUUAGUGCCUGAAGCCUGGCAGGAGGUCUUGCUCAAAGGCACCCUCUUCCCCAAGGCUGCCUGGGCUGUGUGUGUCAUUGCGCUGCUGUAAUACCCAGAAGGACUGGGCCUCCCAGGACUGGCCUGCUCCAGGUGUUCUCCCAGGAGACUGAGGUGCACUGCCCUCCUGCCUCCCCAGCUCCUCCAACCCCCACGUCCCCUCUGGAAGAGAAUGUAAAAUAAAUCUGGAUACCAGGGACCUUG